AUGCCUUACCGAGCGAAAGUGACCCCAAAUAAACGGCUAUUGGCAUCUCAUCUGACCACUUGUUCUUUGACCGCAGCCUUAGGCUCCCGUGAGGAUGUUCAGCAACAGCCUUCGUCUCUCAAGUCCAUAACUCGAAGGUUUAUAUGGAUCCUGGACUAUAUCAAGCCUUCACGUGUGUUUAACUUGAGAGGACGUCGAGUGGAGCGUGUCAGCUAUGCCGAGCAUUCCACAGUCGCCUCCCGAACUCCUUAUAUUCGAUCAGCACAAAUUCCUCUCCUUAAUCCGUGGAGCACUUUUGGAUUUGAAGGACAACUUCUUGGAACAGCUACCUCCUUGCGCUAUGCAAUCUAUAGCCAGAGUAACGAUCUUCGAAUACCCUUUCUUUCGGAAGAUGGUCCUGCCCAGUACGACAGGCUCGUAGCCGACAACUUAGCAAUUGGGCUGACACCGUCAUCGUCAUCGUCGAGCCAUCCGUCACUCCUAGAGAUACCAGAUUUCACUGAGAGAAUUGAGCGCCAACGCAUUGGAACUGAACAGACAACCCCGUUUGAGUUAGACGACCAUACAGGCGACAUCUCUGGUGUCACUUCAAGUCCGACCGACAUCGUUCCUGUCUCUGUUCAUCCACUCAAAGACAAGAACCUGUUCCAAACAACUGCCUAUAUCAUUAGACCUGACGGCGAAAAGGGUGGUGUUUUGAUGAUGAUAGACACACAGUCAUGUCACAAUCUCCUUAGCUUCGAGAGAUGGAAAUCUUUGAACCUCAAGAUGGAGCCUUAUGACCGAAAGUUGUACCCUUUGCAGACAUUUUCCGCGCCGGUCAGGGGAGUCAAGCCGCACGGCAUUGUUAAGAACGUGGAGUGGCAUAUCGCCAACCACAUGAGGACCAAUAUCUCCGAUUACCUGGUCGUCGACAUGAGAGAUUACGAUGCAGUUCUUGGUCAGAGUGACAUCGUAAGAUACGAUAUCCUUCGGCCGGGUCCCGGAAUUGAGCGCCCUGCCGUCGACCGAAACUUGGUUCAGGCCUAA